AUAGGGAUUACUGAGAGGUUUCCUAGCUGCUCUGGCGAAAGGCUGCACGGUUAACCGCAGUCAGUACACCGUGGGCGGGUGAAUUAUCCUGGAAACGCCACAGUUUUCUCUUGCAAGCUUCUUUCUUCUCGUUUUCCUUAGAAGUUGGCCAGCAAUGUCAGAUAACCAGGAUACCGAGACGUUAUCGGGGGAGUGCGGUGAGACACAGGAAUCUCAAGACCCUAACUCAAACCCUGUGAGAACAGAGGAAGCCAAACUAAAAGCAAAGUAUCCUAAUUUGGGUCAGAAGCCAGGAGGAUCUGACUUUUUGAUGAAAAGACUUCAGAAAGGACAAAAGUACUUUGAUUCAGGUGAUUACAACAUGGCCAAGGCGAAGAUGAAGAAUAAGCAACUACCAGCAGCAACUGGUCCAGAAAAGAGCACUGUCACUGGUGAUCACAUUCCAACUCCGCAGGACUUACCACAAAGAAAGUCCUCCUUAGUCACAAGCAAACUGGUCGGCUAAUCACUACCUCAGAUCCUGAGCCACCCCUUCCCAAAGUUUGUCUCCUUCACGUCAGAGCUCCAUUGGGGUUGUGCACUAUUUGCUUUUUUUUUUCUUCUUUUUUUUUUUAAAUAACUCUAUCCCUUCAAACAGCUCUAUCCUGAUUCACACUGUCUCACACACAUCCGGUUAAAAAGCAGGCAGUUCAGUGAAGGGCCAGUAAAGGUGACAGGCCAUUAUUAAUGCACUUUAUGAUCUAUACGCCUUCUGCAGGAAUGAGAUCAAAUUCUUUGUUUAAAAUUGUGGGGCAGCAGGCAGUUUGAUCGCAGUUUGAUCGCUCAUCAAAUACUUAACAUAUUUACAAGUUCAUAGAGAUGAUUUUGUUUUGUCUUUGGCAAAGGCAACAUAAGAUUUAUAAAAACAUAUAGACAUACUGCUUUAUUUUUUUCGCUGGCAAAUGCAUGUUAGCCACAUCAGUAAUUUCUCACCUCAGUCUCAUAAAAUGUUCGCUAUUUGAGUUUAAAUUACUAAACUGGGUACUCAUCAAUAGGCUUGUGUUAGAAUGUGAAUAGACCAGAUUUUUGAACUCGUGUGUCACGAUAAUCAAAAAUGCUACAACUAAUGACCUGACCCAGCACAGAACAUUGUUUUGAUUUGACAUUAUUAAGUAACACCUUGCAGCUUUGGACUGAGUAGUUAUGUGGAAUAGCACAGGCUGAGGCAGCAUGGUGGUGUAGUGGUCGGCACUGUUGCCUUGCACCUCCAGGGACCGGGUUUGAUUUCUGGCCAGGCUUGAUUCCCGUCUCUGUAUGCAUGGAAUUUGCAUGUUCUCCCCGUGCUUGGUGGGUUUCCUCCCACAGUCCAAAGAUGUGCAGGUUAGGUGGAUUGGCUUUUCCAAAUUGCUAGUAGUGUGUGAAUGAGUGUAUGUGUUUCUGCCCUGCGAUGGAUUGGCCCCCUGUCCAGGGUGUACCCCGUCUCGUGCCCUAGGCUUCCUGGGAUAGCCUCCAGGCCCAUUUAUCCUAAAUACAGGAUAAAGUGGUAUAGAAGGUGAGUGAGUGAGCAAGCUCAGGCUGAUAUAAUUGGUAAGGUAAUAAAUGUAAGUCUACAGUACAUUGAUUUCUUUUUUUUUUCACCCGUAUGAUGAACAUCAAAAGUUAACAAGGUACAAUCAUUCAGUCUGUGAUGUUAAUCUGUAUGAAGCAAGGACAUUAUGAUAUACAACCGGAUGGAAAAGCACAUGUGAUAAAAUACAUUUUAAUAAUUUGAUUAAAUAAAUGUUCAGGUAGGAAUUUUUCAUAACUUUCAUUAUCCUGUUGUUGACAUGUCUGCCUUCUUAAUCAAGCAAAGCUAGAUUUUAAUCUAUAGAAAAAGUUUUGGGCAUUGAUGAUAUUAAUCUUGGUUUGUAACAAUGUCUGUACUAAAUACACCUAACUCAGAAAUCUACAAUUUCGAACUCUUUACAUUAGAAUCCAUUAAAAUCCCAUUUAAAUUAUUACUGUCUAAACCAUGGAUACAGAGAUGCAAGUCUAUCAGUAACCUAGAGGAUAAUCAGAUUUUGAUGAAAACUAUUCAGGGACUUUAACAGCAUAAUCAUCUUCAUAAUCUGCAUAUUGAGUAGAAUUCUUUGUAAAAGUGUCAUAUGUAUCUUGCACCCAUAUGAGUGCCCGUGUCAGUUGUAAGAAUGAUGUUAAUAUGGUGGAUUUAAAAAAGAAAAUGCAGGUAAUAUUAAGUAUGCAUUUUGAGCAUGAUCAUGUUUGAAUUUUUUUUUUUUUUUUUUGUGAAUAAUGUAUUAUGUACAGUGUUGUACCAUAACCUCUUUUAGCUGAUUUCAAGUUGUAAAUAGAUAGCACAUUUAUUUUAAUAUUUGUAUUUGUUUUCACAACCACAUAUCUUAUUUUUUCUUAUUUUCACUCUACAGGUUUCCUAUUAACAUCAUGAUUUGUGAAGUUGUUUGCUAAACAUUUUCCUUUGCAACAUUUUCUUCUUAUUAAUGCGAAACAUUUGUGAGAACCAAAAAGAAAUAUAUAAUUUUCCCAUUACUUAGAAAACACAUUGGGUUACUGUUAAGGCAUAUGCAGUUGUAUAAAGGUGUAGAUGAGGAAACCAUACCAAGAUGUGUAUAUUUGUAUAAUAUUAACACAAGUAUCUUUAUUCAAAUAUUUUGUCAGUUAUUUCGUUGAAAUUAUAUAAGAGAUAGCCAGGAUAGGCUGCUUUAGGAAAUACUGCUUUAGAAACGAGAAGAUCUAUGGGGCUGGUUAAUGAAAUCCAUGCAAAUAUUUAAAUUUGCAUUAAAAGGUCAACUCACCACAGCUUUAAUAUGAACUGCCCCAUACACUGCUUGAACAUUUUGGAGUUCCAAAAACUAAUGUUUACUGUGUGUUUCUGUGUACUCAGUGCUGUACAUGCACAGACAGACAUGCAUGCACCUUACCUUUUAUGUAUUUAUGAUUUGAGAAGAUUACUGUGGAACUGGCACUAAGGUGAUAAGUAUGCAAAGGAAGGAAAUUUUGUUUUGUCCUAGAUUGCAAAGAUUUUGAGAUCUGUCAGGUUUUGAAAAAUGGAAGGGAAAAAAAGCUUAAGGUUGUUAUCUGGAAUAAAGUUUUACAUUGA